AUGAGCUGCGGGAAGGACUUGGUGGAGGCGCUGAGGAGGAUCGGCUACCCCAAGGCCGACGGCCUCAGCGCGGGGGACUUGGACUGGCUGUUCGAGGCCGCCGAGGACCGCGCGUUCCUCGGCUGGUUCUGCGCGAGCGUGGGCGCGCGGCACGUGCUGGGCGAGCGCGAGCUGGCGGCGUGGGGCGCGCUGCGCGCGGCGGGCCGGCCGCUGCUGGAGGGCGCGGCGCUGGCCGAGGCGCUGGGCGCGUGCGGGCGGCCGGGCGCGGGCGGCGCGGCGUGCGGGCGGCUGCGGGAGGAGCGGGCGCGGCUGCGGGCGCUCGCGGCGCUGCUGCGGGGCCGGCGGGAGCGCGCGCGGGCGGCGGCGGCGGCGCCGCGGGCGGGCGGCGCGGAGGAGGCGGCGCUGCGGCGGGGCCGGGGGCUGCUGCGCGGCGCGGGCGCGGGGCUGCGCGGGGAGCUGGGCGCGGGCGCGGAGCGGGCGGCGGGGCUGGCGCGGCUGCUGGGCGGCGCGGGGCCGCCGGUGCUGUGGGCGCGGCUGGCGCUGGACGAGUUCCUGCGGCGGGAGCAGCGCGGCACGGCGGCGCUGGCGCGGGGCUCCCGGCGCUGCUUCCCGGGCGUGCACCGCGUCGCCCGCGGCUCCGCCGAGCACAACUUGCGGCUGCCGGGCGCCCCCGCGGCGGACGGCGACCCCGGGGGCCUGCGGGCGCUGCGGCUGGCCUACGUGUGUGCCCAGCACCAGCUGGCGCGCCUGAGGGCCGGGCGCUCGCGGCUGCGGGCCGGCGUCGGCUGGGCGGAGGAGCAGCUGCGCCGCCCGAGCGGACAGGCUGUUGGCAAAGAAAACUUGUGCACUACAAUUUCUAGCUUAAAAGAUGAGAUUCUGAAACUUGAAGAACAAAUCAUUCACAUAAAAGAUAAAAGUUUGCCUGCUGUGAUCAAAGAAAAUGCCCAGUUGCUGAAUAUACCCGUUGUAGAGGGAGACUUUGAUUUGCAAAUCGCUAAACAAGAUUAUUACACAGCAAGACAAGAGUUAGUGUUAAAUCAGCUGAUAAAACAGAAGGCAUCAUUUGAGCUUGUACAGUUAUCGUAUGAAAUUGAACUGAGAAAGCACCGGGACAUGUCUCGUCAGCUUGAAAGUCUGGUUCAAGAACUGAGUCAGAGUAACUCGGUGCUCUGCCAGCGACUGGAGCUGUUCACAGACCUUGCAGGCUCUCAGCAGGAGAACCCCAGAAACACCAUCCAUACCAAGGAUUGUUCUUCUCAUAGGCUUUAUCAACUUCUAGAGAGCGAGAACAGGAAAAAAGAAUUGUUUAUAACACGUGGGAACCUGGAGGAAAUGGCUGAGAGACUGAGACAGGAGGUGUCGUCGCUGCGUGAGGAGUUGGCAGUGACCACUCGGGAACAUUCAUCCCUCCUGUCCACGCUGAACCGUGAUGUGGACAUGCUCUGUGAGGCUCUGUAUCAGGGAGGGAAUCAGCUUCAGCUCAGCGAUCAGGAGUUGGUAGAACAGUUUCACCAUGUUGGAUCUCAACUCAGUCAGCUAAAUCAUCUUCUUACUGACGUUCUUGCUGAUGUGAAGACAAAGAGAAAAAUGCUGUCAUCCAAUAAGUUACAUCAAAUGGAAAGAGAGUUGUAUGUGCAUUUUUGGAAAGAUGAAGAUUAUCUGAAGGAGAUCGUGGAGAAUUUAGAGAAUCAGUGCAGGGCUCAGGCUGUUCUGCAAGGCUGAGAGUUCCUGGAGCUGCGUCUGCCGCACACACUGCCUUAAUGUCCUAUAUGUUGGGGAGUACAUGUAAUAAAUACAUUUUAAAAUGCA